AUGAGGGCCACUGUUUUACGUGUUGUCUGUGGCUGGUUUCUCCGGGAGCUGAACCCAGAGCCUGAGAGGUAUGGGCUGGUCUCACGGAACGGCCGGCCCCUGCCACCCCCGGGGCCGGAGCCCAGCCCCCCUGUGCCCUUCCUGGCCCUGCCGCCUUCUCUCCUGGGCACCGUGGACCCGGCCCACCUGGGGCUGCCGGAGAGCCUGGCCUCGGUCACCGUGCCCAUCCGCCUGGACGCCCUCUCCUGCCUCCUGCACAGCGCCCUCCUGGGGGCCUGCGCCCUGCAGCAGGCCUGGCCCACCUGCCCCUGCUCUGGGGCCUGCUGGUCCCCCGCCGGCCAGGCCGCGAGCCCGUCCAGGGUCUGGGGGGCUCGGGAGAUGCGGUCCAGGCCAGGCCGGGGUCGUGGCCAGCGGCGAUGGGGGCCUUGGAGGGCCGAACCUCCCGAGAGGGGCUGGGCUGGGGGCGCUGGGCACUCGGCCCGCCCACCGGCACUGGCCCCGCCCACCCAGGGUGGAGAGCAGGGGGCCCCAGGUCCUGGGCCCACAGUGGACAUGCCGCCCGCAGCUGAGGACUGGGAGUCAGAGUAUUAG